UAUCAAAUAGACCAUGUCGGUCAUUAGCAAAGAAGUUUGGAAUUCAAUUUCUCUUCCUUUAAAAAAGUUCUUACAAAAAUUUCCUCCAGAAAACGCCCAAACUUGGUCAACAAAGUCUGAUAGAAUAAAUCCAUUUUUACCUACACGAAAUCCUAUAAAUGGAGUUUUAAGAGACCCACAUUACUCUAAUAGACGUCAAGCUGAUAUCUUUAAGGAAGCCAAGUACCAUAAGUUGGAGCACUUACUUCCUCAGGAAAUGACAUGGAAUAAAGAUUCUUCCAGGCACAUUUUGAAAGGUGUUUUGUUUCCCAAAGGUAGAAUUGCAGAACGCAGACGAGAUGAGAUUUUGCAGACUAAACAGAAAAAGUUUGCUGAAUCAAUUGAGAAGACUGACAACUUUAAGAAGAGUCGACAGAAAAGAAAUGCUCAACCAGAUGCUCCUCCAUUGUAAACUAUCUAUUAAUCAGUUAGCUUUUUAUUCCGUGACAAUUCAUACUCCCCCACUUUAUGCUAAUAGUUUCAAUAUCUUAAGUACUCUACUCUAGUAUUGAAUCUCCUAGUCAGAAUGGUUCAUAGUAUUUACUCUCUACUAUUUCUGUAUCCUUUAAUAAUUAGUUUUCUAUGUGUACAUUAAAUCAAUUGGAUAAACUAUGUUUUUUCUCGCAAUACGGAUCUUGCCAUUUACCAUUGUCGUGUUACAUACAAAACAAAAAAAUAAAAAGUAUUUAAAGUCCAAACUAUUCUAUUCUAUUAGCUCAG